UAAUAGGGUUUUCGCGUACGCUGAUUUAUAAACGGCACUAACCCUAGCCGUCUCCAUUUGUUUAGCUUUCAACCGACGAAAAUGGGCGCUUUCAGGUUUCACCAGUACCAGGUUGUCGGAAGAGCUCUCCCGACAGAGAAAGAUGUGCAGCCUAAGAUCUACAGGAUGAAGCUCUGGGCCACGAACGAGGUUCGUGCCAAGUCCAAGUUCUGGUACUUCUUGAGGAAGCUGAAGAAGGUUAAGAAGAGUAACGGUCAGAUGCUCGCCAUCAACGAGAUCUUUGAGAAGAACCCAACAACCAUCAAGAACUUUGGAAUCUGGUUGAGGUACCAGAGCAGGACUGGAUACCACAACAUGUACAAGGAGUACCGCGACACCACCUUGAACGGAGCCGUGGAGCAGAUGUACACCGAGAUGGCGUCACGACACCGCGUCAGGUUCCCUUGCAUCCAGAUCAUCAAGACUGCCACUGUCCCGGCCAAGCUCUGCAAGAGGGAGAGCACCAAGCAGUUCCACAACAGCAAAAUCAAGUUCCCAUUGGUGUUCCGCAAGGUCAGACCACCAACCAGGAAGCUCAAGACCACCUACAAGGCCUCCAAGCCCAACUUGUUCAUGUGAUAAGAGUCUCUGAUCGACUCUUCAUAUCUUUUUUGUUUGGGGAUUGGGAAUCUUGAUGGAAGUUAUCUGCCGUUUUGUUUUUCUUUUCAAGGAUAUUUUUGUUUAUCAACGUUUUAGCCUUAUUCAUGGAACUAAACUCGACUUUGUCUGGAUUGUGUUGUUCUUGAUUUUGAAAAAAAAAAAACCUUUUUUCU